UAAUGCUAACUGUACCAAAACUGAGCUGGAUUAUAGAACGUGCAACAUUUUACAAACGGCACCCCAUACUGGACUUGCCCUAGAAAUAAGUAAUAACACCUUUGUUCUGGGCCAGUUUGUCAUCAACGACGGACUAUGAAAGCCCCCAGGUGCUGUGCUGUGGCCAGACCUAACCCUAUUCAUUUUUGUCGAGCGACACUCGUCGCCUGGACUAUAAAGUCACCGUAGGCAUCCUGUGUGUUUUUGCCCUCGGUCUGUUCCCGAGCCUGAGUGUAGUGCGCUGUCCUGUCCGCGAUGCGACGACACGCAGCGCUUCCCAUCCGGUUUGCGAAGGUCUUCAUACGCAAUAUAAACUGACUUGGAAGAAAUACGAGAAGGGAAGGACGUUUUGGAUUAAACAAACAUUGGACUUCCAGGUCUAUCUGAGCUUAUUCUAAUAAUAAGAACAUUGACAACUCCCAGAUGAGGCGUGAUUCCUUAAGCUAAAUGAAAAGAUUUCAACCUGCACGUUCAUAUCGAUGCUAACACGGGUCUCAUUUAGGUAAAAACGCCAGCUAGCCGAGCAGACAUAACUGACCCUCUACCUAUAGUACUGUAUGAUAGAUGCAGUCAAAACAGAUCCUAGCAAGCUAGGCUAGUUGGCAAGUGGCUUUGCUAGCCUGAUGUCAGCAAGCAAAGAUGACACCAGAGUUACUUCAAUACCGACACGGUUACGUUGAUUGGUUUUGUGCAGUAAGCCUUGUUAUGCGGGUAGAGAGCUGUUUUCAACUUCGUCGUCAGGUAGCGUUAUACAGUUUGAGGGGUGGAGCUGCAGCAAGCCGUGCAACGUUUAUACAGGCACCAUAAUAUGUGAAGCUAAUGUUAGCUAGCUACCAGCCAGGUUGUUAAAGCAGUGAAAUCUACCAGAAGUUAGCGUGUGAAAUGUUUGUGAUUCGGUGCGUUAGCAUAUUGACUUUCAUGCUGCUAAAGCGCAGACUACUGAACUGUUUUUGUGUGAUGAAAUUGGUAGCUGUAGGUAGGUAGAAAAGGAAAACGUAAAUGUUAGAGGCCUAGCUAACUAGUAUAGCUGGUUGUCCAGCUAAACUCACUUAAAUGUUUAAGCCCAAUUAAACUCCCAUGUAUUCCGUAUAACCCUAGUAUACGUUAAAAAACGGCUCAAUCUUUGUGAGGAAUAUACACUGCGAACGUGCUAACGUUUAAACCUAACCAGAUACGCUAGCUGACUUUACAGAAAAUAGUGUGAAGAUAUCAGUUUCUUAACUAACGUUUGCUGAUUAGUUAAGGUAGUCAUUCAGUUACUAAUGUCAGUUAUACUGAGAAAGUAUUUGCCCCAUAAAGCAUUAAUUAUUUUGUAGUGUUGCUUAAAGGAUGCAGGGAUGCCCUGAUGACCUUAAGCAGAAUCAUGUUCAGUAAAGUCUCAAGUAAAGACAAGAAGUCUGGCUUCAGUAAGAAGCUUUUCCGAAGAGGCUCUGCUCGGACGGUUGGUAGUUUUAUGAGCAGGGUCUUGAAAACACUUACAACCCUAUCUCAUUUUGGCUCAGAGCUACACGCUACAGUAGGUGACAAAGAUGAUGGAGGGUUUACCUCCUAUACAACCGAAGAGAAAGGGUUAGUUGGUUUAGACGACAGCGACUGUGGGAGUUAUCUUAGUCAGGACAAGGUUCCUGGUGUGUCAGGGCUGAAGAACCACGGCAACACCUGUUUCAUGAAUGCAAUUCUCCAGUGCCUAAGCAACACGGAACUCUUUGCUGAGUACUUGGCUUUGGAACAGUACCGAGGAGAGGAAACAGAUGAGGACAAACCAAAGACUAAUGGGGUACAUUUGCAGAGGAAAAGUCCUCCGGACAGAUGUGAGGUGACGCAGCAACUCUCUGGAUUAGUGCGAGCUUUGUGGACAUUUGAAUAUACCCCACAGCACAGCCGGGCAUUCAAAAAUGCUGUCUCAAAGAGUGCCAUGCAGUACAGGGGCAAUGCUCAGCAUGACGCGCAGGAGUUCCUUCUGUGGCUGCUGGACCGAGUGCAUGAAGACCUCAACAACGCUCCAUCAAACAGUGGACCUUCAAUUAAGCCUCCUGUAGAAGAACAUGAUGACACUUUGGAAGGACCAUCUCCAUCUCUUUCAACUGGUUCUUUUGUACAGGAACUUUUUCAGGCCCAAUAUAGGUCCUCACUCACCUGCCCUCACUGUCAGAAGCAGAGUAAUACCUUUGAUCCUUUUUUGUGCAUCUCAUUGCCCAUUCCUCUACCACACACAAGGCCCCUCUAUGUGACCGUCGUGUACCAGGGAAAGUACUCUCACUGCAUGAGGAUUGGUGUUGCUGUCCCGCUCCACAGCACCGUCUCCAGACUGAGACAGGCAGUGUCACAGGAAACCAAGAUUCCACCUGACCAGUUUGUUUUGACUGAAAUGUAUUACGACGGUUUCCACCGCUCCUUUUGUGAUGAUGAAGAUGAUCUUGACAUCAUUCAAGAAAGUGACUCAGUCUUUGCUUUUGAGACCCCUGAGGCAUUUCGAUUAGAAAACAUUCGCUCUAAAAGAGGUAGUCUUUUGGCAAAUUUGAAUCAGAACAAUCUGAAGAAUGGCCCAGAGAACGUCAGGAGUCCAUCCUUUAUGCAAGGAGUGGCGAAUCCAGCCUCGCCGAACAAGAACGCAGCUACUGACAAGAUGAUCCUGCUCAUCUGCAAUAGAGCCUGCACAGGCCACCAAGGAAGACGGUUUGGUCUUCCUUUUGUGUUAUACAUGGAACGCAAUGUGACCUGGGAUGUCUUACAGAGGGAAAUCUUGGAGAAGAUGCGGCACCUCCUCAGGCCAGGAGUAUACAUCCAGGUUGGACCCUUCAGCUUGCGAGUUGUAGGUGUGGUUGGCAUCACCUAUUUGUUACCACAAGAGGAGCAGCCUCUGUGCCACCCUACUGUAGAGAGAGCAUACAAGUCAUGUGGUCAGGGUGGACCUCCCCAUGUCAAGAUUGUGGUAGAGUGGGACAAAGAAACAAAAGACUUUUUGUUUGGACACACGGAGGAAGAGUAUAUUCCUGAUGCUGAGAGUGUCUAUCACCACAGAGAGCAACAUCACAAUCCUCAGGCCUGCACCCUCGCUCAGUGUUUGCAGCUAUACACCAGAGAGGAGGAGCUGGCCCCAGAUGAUGCCUGGCGUUGCCCCCACUGCAAACAGCUGCAGCAAGGCCGGAUCAAGCUGAGUUUGUGGACACUACCUGAUGUCCUUAUCCUACACCUCAAGAGAUUCAGACAGGAAGCAGACCGCAGAGUGAAAAUGCAGAAUAUGGUGAGGUUCCCCCUUCUUGGCAUGGACAUGGCACCCCAUAUGGUCAAGAGGAGUCAGAGCAGCUGGAGUCUACCUUCCCAUUGGUCACCAUGGAGACGGCCAUAUGGCCACAACCCCAAUGACUACUUGUAUGACCUUUAUGCUGUGUGCAACCACCAUGGCAACAUGCAUGGUGGCCACUACACAGCAUACUGUAAGAACUCUAUUGAUGGUCAGUGGUACUGCUUUGAUGACACUGAGGUACAACCAAUUCCUGAUGAGGACGUCUGUCAACAAACAGCCUACAUUUUGUUUUACCAAAGAAGGACCGUCAUUCCAUCAUGGUCAGCCAACAGUUCUGUUGCAGGUUCCACAAGCUCAUCACUAUGUGACCACUGGGUAAACAGACUUCCAGGCAGUAAGCCUCCUAGUGUGGCCUCAGGGGCUUCUUCUCGACGCACCUCCCUGGCUUCACUUGCAGAGUCAAUGGACUUCCCUGGAGAUCGCAGUGAGGAUGACGGCUUUUCAACUCGACCUUUUGUGAGGAGCAUUCAACGGCAGAGCUUAUCUUCUAGAUCCUCAAUGAGUAGCCCUCUUGCCUUCAGUGAGAAUGGCAUGAAGCCUUCCUGGUCCCUUUCAGCCAAACUACGAAUGAGGUCUAACUCUCCGUCAAGCUUCUCCCUCGACUCCCGCUCCUCCCCUCCAUUGGAGAGAAUUGGAGAAGCUUGUGAUGACAAAGUGUCUACUUCUUGCUUUGGCCGUCAGGAUCGACAUGCCAGCAGCAAGGCACCUCUUGCUACUGUGGAGGGCUAUGGUAGUGAUGGAGGAAAUGGCAAGACAGUUCUGGAUGAUGCCUACUGUAGGAUUUCCAAGGACGAGCAUGUUGAUAACAAUAGUCAAGUCACAGUUCACGAUCAGAGCAAAAAUGCAGCCCCUGUUAAAGAACAGAAACGUAAGGGAAGCUCUGCUGAAAAGCAAAAGGGGGAGAGUAGUGGAACCAAAAAGAGUUCUUCUAAGAAUGAUUUGGAGAAGACCUCUAAAAAGCACCACAGUUCAUCUUUAACCACAAAGUCCCCCUCUCAAGGGUCUUCCAGCUCUCUACUUAAGAGUGCUAAAGGGACCAGCACCAACAAAGAGUCUGGCAAGACUGUGAAGCGGUCUUCUUGUGCCCAAAAGACAGCUGUCCAAGAUGCCCAAAGUAAUGAGCAGCCUUCCGCCACAUCACAGCCCUCUGUGUCUCAGACUGCAACUGUCAAGAAAGGCUCUUUGAAGCCUGAGAAGAUAUCUGUCACCAGCAAGAAGAAGCUUGCUGAAAGGACUUCUAGCAAAGAUGUGGCCCACCCUAAAUCUGAAGUAGAUAAGCCUAAAGGUAGUGGGGUUCAGCGCAGCUCCCAGCCUCGGGGGGCUGAGAAGGAACGGGCGGAGCGGAAACCAGCGAGGAGUAUCAGCAACAGCUCCUCCGUCACAAGCCUGCGCUCUCCCAGUAUCUCACUCAGAGACCUGAACCACAGUAGCAAAUCAGAGGACAAGGGUCUGUCAUUCCUGAAAAGUGCACUUCGCCAAAGAGAGACUCGAAGAUCUGCUGAUUUGGGCAAAACUACCUUGCUAACAAAGAAGACAUCUGAAAGGACAGCCAAGUCUAGUAACCAAACUAAGGGAGGUGGUAUGGAUGAUGAUAAAGUAUCUUCAGGUCCUUCUUUGCUGACCUCUCCAGAGAGCAAAACGAGUAAAACUGCUACUAAAAAGAAAGUGUGCUCCAAAGUCACAGCCCCAGUCAAACACUCUCUCUUGCCAGUUAGCAAGUCAAUGUCUUCCACCACAGAGACCACUGAUCAGACUGUUAGUGGAAAAAAAGCCUCUUGAAAUAAGUCAUCCUCUAGAAAGCCUUGUUCCAGCAUGCAAUCCUCUGUCGACCAUACACACCAGACACCUCAGUGAUAUUUUAAUGCCAGUUAUUUCUGAUGCAGCUACUUUUGAUGUGCCUGAGAAAUAUACAAAUGUGUGUUCAUAUACAUAGAAGUGUGUGUGUUUGUGAGAUUAUCUAGUAAAAAAAAAGCGCCUUUCCUACCACUGAACCAGAUCAUUGCCUAUGAAAAAAUAUUAUGGGAUGAAUUUGAACUACAUUCUAUAUUCGCCAGCCUGUGUUACAGUUCUACGUUCAGGCCCUACUUUAAUUACCCAAGGGGCCAAAUGUAUCAAUCUUUUUGCCAUAGGAACAAGUGUACGCACAUUCCCACGAUUUGGUUAUGGAGUUUUUUUGUCACAGAUAUCAAACACAGUGAAAUUACUUUGCUGCGCAUCCUGCCAUGGUUAUUAUUUAUUAUGUUCAAAGUUGAGUUAUUAUAGAGAUCACGAAGUUCUCCAUUUUGCAAUUUGCGCCAAACAGUGCUUUCUCAAAGAAAGAAUUAAUAAUCCAGUCCGUUAUGCUACAACAUUUGUUGUAAAGUGUCUUGGUGGAAUCUCAAAUAAUUUGGGUGUUGGAUUAAUAGAUGUUUUUAUCAAACUGAUCAACCCGUUUGUGCCUGUAUUUCAAUAUGAGUACAGUCAAUUACACAGAUUACAUUGGGAAAACCUGAAAUUGCUACACAAUACAUGCACGAUAAUUCCUAGCCAGUUUGCGUCACCGUUAGUUCCUCUUGCUGUCACCAAUCUGCAAAGUAGAAAUGUUAUAUGUAUGCCACCUCGACACCAUAUGCAGAGAUACGCAUAUUUUCCUUGCCAGUAUCUUUUCAUAAAUACUGUUCUACCGUGUAGAAAAGUGCUCAGCACGAUUUUAGUGUGUAAGCACAUGAGGUCAUGCUCAUUUCCAGCUGAAGUGCAAGAUCUGAGUACCAGGUUUUUGUUUUUUAACCCAUUAAAACACAAGAUUACCCCUAUGUUAAUAUGGGAUAGGUUAAAGGUGUAGUCCUUGAUGCUGGCGAAAGAUUGAUAUUUGAACUCAACAGCCAGUCAAAUGCUCCCCUCCCUUUAGUGCUCUUUGUUGUUGAUUGGCUUCGAAUUGUGUAUUGCUUGGUCCGAGCUCCAGUGUUUCCCAUUCAUAGUGCCAGGACUGUGUACAAACACCUGAACAUUUUCUUUUUAGCUCACACACCAGACAGACUGCUAAAGGAACUUUCUGUUAGAAGUAAUGUUGUGUCCCAAAUAAUCUGUUAUUUGCAGCCCAGAUUGUCCAGAUCUGUUUUGAUCAUCAAAACAUACUUUAUGAAAACAAAACGAACAGGAAAAGUAAUCCUCAGAAAUGUUUCAUUCUUCAAGUUUAUUACCAGACAACAUACAGGUACGUGUAAUAGUCAAUCAAGUAUAGACAUUCAGCCAAUAAUAUAUCUGCUAUGCACAGAAAAAUAACUCACUUAAUCUUACACUAUGUAUAUAAUUAUAGAAACCCAAUGAGGUCACGGCAUACAUUACUGAAAUUGUAGCAAAAUGGGGUAUGGAUAGUGAAAGAAGAGAUGAUAUGUUGGAUAGAUGUGCAAGUUGGUGUGACUUGACAUAGUUACUUUGUGAAAAGUGGUGAGGCCACACUCCAUUUAGAAUUAUUUUCCAUUCUUGGCAUACAAGUGGGCAUUGACCUGGACUACAUUUUAAGUGAUUGGAUUAGCCUUUGACCAAUUGGAGUAUAACUGUAAUAGAAUCGGUCUUGGUCUGGAUCGUGCAGAUGAACAUUUCUGGGAAGGCUAGCUACCAUCCUUCAGCAUCAUUUCAUACCACACUUCAAUGCUUACUGAGACAUCGUAAUCACCCUUCAUUCAAUAUUUUCCUGUGGGUAGGAGGAAUAUUAGUCUUACAUUAGUCUUUUUAAGGUGCAAUAUCAAGGCUUUUUAAAACAUUUUUAAUGCUUUUAGGCUUUAAACAGUGUUAUUUUGAAGGCAAGUCCAAAAAUAUAGAUUUAUGUGCAUUUUCCUGCGCAGUUUUAAGACUUUUAUUUCAUUUGUGUACAUUUAUCUGGUCCUGAAAGGUUAAAUAAAUGAAAUAAACAUGCAAACUAUGAACAGAACUAUUAUGCAUAUAAUACACAAAUAUUUGAAAAUGAAAACCGCAUCAUUUCUGACGGCUACAUUUUGCAGGUAGCUAGUUAGGUAUGGGAUCUCUUGUAAGCAACUGACACAAGACUCGCAGACAGAUCAUAUUUUACCCAUGGAGUCCGCAUUAUGUUACGCUGCUGCAAACUUGUAAUUCUGCUAGCUUGCAAACUUUAUGAAGAAGAAUGGUACCGUCUGAUGGGGUCUUCAUAGCAGACAGUACUAGGCAUGUUUUGACUGCAGGAACUCGUAGGAUACUGAGGUGGCUCAAACGCUUACAGGAACAGCCCACUGCUUGGUCCUUUUUGUGUUUUGUUUUUCCACAGCGGUGCAGGAACCACCAGGCCUACAAGUCGUGAUAAUUUUGCUCCUCAUUUGUCCAGCAGCACUAACAUUAGACCAUUUUUGCUCUAAAGUUGCUAAUAAUCAAUUAAAUGACUUCAUGGCAGCUGGUAAUUAUUAAAUACAUUAAGUUGCCAGCACCACUGUUGAUUAAUUAAAGCUGUUGACUAAUCUGGUAAAAAAUAUACUUGCUUUUUAAAAAAAUGGCCAUCUGUUGUCUUCCACAUCCCGUUUUACCGAUGAGCAUUAAUCAUUACCGCUAGCCCAACCUAGCAGUUUCAGGACCACACAGAGGUUCCUACCCCAGGGUGGGUACUCAUUUCUACCUCAAAAACUGACCUGGUAAAGGUCCCACAGGUGUUCCUGUGUCUCUGUCGAUCUGUGCACAAAGGUUCGGGCCACCCUAAAAAGACCUGCUUGUUCCUGCAGUGAAAAAACACCUACUGUCAACUCAUUAAUGUAACAUACCGAUCUAAAGAGACAUGCACCUGUCAUAUUGUCAAUUUAGAACAUAGGAAACAUCUUUGGUCUUCAUUGGUUUGAUAUGAAACGGGUUAUUACCUUAGUGGCAAUGAGACCAAUCAAAAACGUGCCAAUGCUGGCCAUCGCUUGAGUCCACUGAAGUCACACCUUACUGGUCGCUGCAUAAGUGGAUGCUUGCCAUAGUGGCUGCCAAAUCGCAACUAUUAUCCCGGUGGGAAAACAGAGCUGGGAGCAGUACAGCCAGUCUACUGAAAUGUCACAUUAGGCCAGAACCUAAAAUGUGAUCCCAGAGGUCCCAAUAAUGUGCUGGAUAGGUUGACAUAUGGCAGCUCACAUUUUCUCUCUCAUUUGGCUACUACAUACGGUCUCCACUGUUAGCACAGUCACAGAGUGUGAUGCAAUAAAAUAAAAUUGAAAAAAAGAUUAUGUGUGACUGUUUCAUGCAGAUUUCCACAACGCACUUUGAUGACACUUCCUGGGGGUACCAUCAAAUUGAAUAUAAAUAUAGGGGUUAAGAGAAGAGACCUGUUUGCUAUGUAUUUAAAUAGCAAGUUUCAUGGAAAUGGCCUGCUUUUUCUAGCAUGACUUAAUUUACAAGGAACUAACACAUUUCUGAGUAUGGGGGGAAAAACCUGACUUAAAUAUAGAGACUUGGUCACAUCCUUAUGAGGGUAGGCAUCCAAAGUCAACUUGACGUGACUAUGCCUACAGGCUACUGGCACAUCCUCAUAGGCUUUCCUUUGAAAACCAAUCCCCAACAAUCACCAUUGCACUUUUCUGUGUCAAUCAAUGUUCAAGGACAUAAUUAGGGCUAUGUGUGUAGAGAGUAUCACUGUCCUUUACACAUUUCUAAUUAGUGUGUAACACUGGUGGUAUUAUUACAGUGUAAGACGGACGGUGUUUGUGAAUAUCUUUAUUGGCUUAUUGUACUUAGUGAAUAGAAGUGCUAUGACUCAGCACUUUUUGUGUGUAUAAACAUGUUCUGAUUCUGUACAUGAAGCCAUUAUGACAAGUUACGGUCUUGUUUGUGAAGACAAAUAUAUUAUAUAAAUUGUAAGAAGGCUCCUUUUUGUCUUAAACCAUAUUAGAUUGAAUGAGUGAAAAUUCCGGGGCAAUUUAGGGCACAGUAUUCCAAUAGCACUGUGUACUCUAGUGCUCAAAAUAAUAAAAUUGGCCAGACACAACUCUCAGAUGUUUACCUUAAUUUCAGUGUUUGCAGGUCCACAAUGAAUUACACACAUUAUUUAUUAUAUUUGAUAUUUUUUUCCAAGUAGCAGGUUAUUUUGGUUAUGGUAUAGUUUGUUUCAAGAAAUCUGCAUUUUUUUUUUGUGCUUUCCACCUUGGCAAUUUAUUAGCUUGAGUUUGUUAAUUUGCUGAAAACUGGCCUAAUUUUUUCUUUAUUUGUAGCUAAGAUAAUUACCAUGUUUAGGAUUUAUAUUUUUUGUAUACGUUUGUAUUUCGCAUCUUUGUAGCAAUUCAACAGGCGAAUCCUUCAGAACAAUGGUCUCAUAGUGUAUACUUGUACCUUCAGCAUAAUGAAUGUGGAAUGGGCCAGCUAAGGUCAGGAUGAAAUGGAUAUGGUUAUGAAAGGUAGCUACACAGAUCAGAAAUAGUUUUCUUUAGAUUUAGUCAAGAGUUAUUUUGGUAGCACUUUACAGAUUGGUAAUAAAUGGGUAGUAUCAUGAUAAAAUCAUGCUAACAACUCAUAACAACCUGCACAUUAUUUAAACAAUACAAAUUACUAAAGAAUAAUCCACUGUGGUGAUUAUUGCAGUGGUAAUAAGUCUGUAACAAAAUGGUAAUAGUUUGGAGUGUGAGUGGGUGGAUGUCUGAAGCAUUAACAUGUAAGCACUCUGAGGGCUGAGUAGAAAAGCGCUAUGUAAGUAUAUAAAUGCAGUCCAGAUUUGUAUUUAAAAACAACUUGAAAACUAUUAAGUAGGCCUAGUUGUACCAUGAUGCUACCCCCUUAUUACCGCUCUGAAAGUGCUACCGUUUUUACUCAAAUCAAUGACUAAAUAAUAAUAUUAAGUUGCAAUACACCAGACACAGUAUAGCAGUAAUAUUGAAAUUAAAUUCAGUACGGCAUAAGCGGAAUGGGGGCUUCACCAGGUCUCUUCGAUAUGAUUUGUCUUUAAGGCAAGGCUUGGUUAAAGUUUGUAUGACUAACGUUUUGCUCCUGUAUUCAAAUAACCCUGAGGUUAUUGUUGUAGGCCCUAUACAUUUCAGGGAAACACUAUCUUGCCAUCUGUUCAUUCCAUGACAUCUUAUCUGUUUUCACCUUACCCAUUUUAAGAGGACCAAAUUGUCAGUUGACCGAAAAUGUUAUCUUGACUCUUGGUUACAUAAAUAAUACACUGCAUCAUCAACCAAGUAAAUUAUAGAGUGUAUCUGCAAAUGUCUGGCUAUUGAGUUCUGGAGAAUGACUAAAUGGAGUAUUAGGCAAUACAAUUUCCCAGUGGGUUUAACCCACAGUUUGAUAAAAUGCAUUUUAGAGUAGGUUCCUUAUGCUAAGGUACUAUGCUGCAGAAAUCAAUCAAUGUUUUUACUCCAGUGCUUUUUCCAGAUUCCACUCACAUCAGUGAUGGUGAUACAGAUUCCCAUUUCAAUAACCCAAUUGUUUUCACAUCACUUUGGCUUGCUGGUGACUGUGUAACUGUAGUAUAGUGUAUAAACUCUAAAUAGGAUGCCCAACAUAUGUAAUCAUAUACAAAUCAAAUGAGAUUAUUACAUUUUUAUAAUAUAGUCAUAUAGCGCAAUUCAUAGUCCCAGCAACAAGUGCAGCUCGACAAAAUGAGACCAAAUCUGUGUCUGCUGGGGUGUCGCAGAGCUUGCACACUCUGAUUGGAUAGCAACUCAAAGUUCUACAUUCUUGAGUGUUGCCAUGGUGCAGCCGAAGCCCAGCUCCUCUUCCAUCUCUGUUGAACAAGAAGGUAUUCCCCAAUAUCUGCCCUUAACAUAUUUAGCGAUCUCACACCACCUUCUGCUUUUUCUCUUCCUCAGCCCAGAAAUGAUUUUGUCGAGAGACACUUGUCGACUAUGAAUUGUACUUUAGAUAACAUGCGACCAAACAGUGCAAGUGGUUUCAACCAAUCUUAUGGUUGCUUUUAAAAAAAUAUUAUAUUCAGUUAUGAGCUGAAAUAAUACAUCAGGCUGCUCUGUUGGUCAAUACACUGGACUCAAUUGAGCUUAUAAUGUGUAAUUUCUGCUCAGAUUUUGUAGUUAAAUAAACAUUGUUCUACAGUGGUAAAUCCUGUAAAUACAUUUUGCAACAAGCAUGAGAUAGCACUUAUUUAUUUACUCUGUUCAUUUAUGUGAAUGCACUUAUCAUGUUUUUCUCAACAUUUAAAGGAUUUAAAUAUAUAUGCUAUGAUAUGUUCAAAAUUAAAGAAGAUAUUAAUAAAACAAUUAAAGUGCAAUCAACUUUGAACUCUCUUGAUGACUUUCAUUUAUGUAUUUGUUUCAUAUUAAAGUGCAAUCAACUUUAAA